UAACAAUCACGCAGUUAAUGCAACUUCCCAAGAUGGCGGCCGCUCAAAGCCAACAACAGCAGAGAGGUCGAGUCCAGGUGGUUAGAUCUUCCCUGCCAUAUCAAAUACUGCUCUACCUCAAUGGAUGGUACUUUGCAUUUUUCUUCAUUGCUGAAAUUCUAAUCUAUGUAUUUAAAGGUGAGACAUUACCAUAUGCCACCAAUACUCUGGCAGCAGAGGUGAUUUUAGUGUUCCUACUGGCUGGAGUGGAGGCACUUCGACUAUUCUUUGCUUUAUUGUAGCAAUAUAAUUUGAUUUUUGUUCAGGUCAAAAAGGGCAACCUAACAGAGCAGACUGUUGGUGUCAUCGUGUGCGUUCUGCUGAGUAUCCCAGCUUUGUUCGGGGCUUUGUUCAUCAUAUUGUGGCAAACAUAUGUGCUCCGUUUGGAGGUGAUACUGGCAGCCAUACAACUUGCUCUCAUAGGAUUUGAGCUUAUUUUCAGCAUAAUCUCCAUCAUCACAUUUGCCAGAUCCUGAGGUCUCUUCCAGUAGUGCCAGAUAUGUGUUACUUCUGCUAGCCUGUCAGGAGGCUAUUCCAUCACAUCCGUCCAGUAUGGCCAGGGUCUGUGUGGUUUCCCUGAUAUAGUGCCGCUAGCAACAGGCUGUGGAUACGUUUUGUUCAUCAUUCCAUUGUGAGGGACUAGCAGAUCAUUGUCAUUCAUUUUCAAUAAUCAAAGGAUGUCUGUUAAAAAUUCACUAUGAUAUGCUUUUAAUCCUAGCUGUAUUUACUGUUCCACGCUCUAAGAACAUUUUGCACAAAUGCCCAUUCGGUGCAGACACUAUCCUGCAGAAAAUCCAUUAUUUGUUUAUCUGACAUGGAGUUUGUCAAAUACACUGCAGACUUAUAACAUGUGAGUCGAAAGCUGGUUUUAAGCAGCUUUUCAUUAAGUGUGGAAGUGAAUUUAACUUGUGUAUUAUUGCUUACAGAAAGUGAAUGUCUGUAUAUUUACUCCAGUGAUGUGCAGAUUCACUUCAGUAAGCUUAUAAGUUUAUUAUGAAAAUGCCUGCCACAAGACAAACAGGUGCAAAACUAUAAAAUUCACAAAAACAAAGCAAAAAACUUUGCAUAAUUGUAAGCAGAGAGUUUCUUUGCAGAAUUUACGAAUAGAAUGACAACAGCAACUUUAGUUUGUGGCCAUGGAAAAUAGCAGGGACUACUCACUGUGUGUCACAGUGGUCAACAUAUUUCUAAGGCCAUACAGCAUAUAUUAUAUGAUUUUGAAGAUUACAUUAGGAAAUUUAACAUAAAAAUGUAAAUGAUUAUGUGUAUCAGAAGUACACAUUUUGUUAUUUGUAUUGGAUAUUUCAAAUCACCAGUGACAAUAUUGUUCAUUUAAUAUGUAAUGUUUAUCUUAUUGUCAAUAGAAGACUUCUAUUUUUUAAAAGGAAUUUCCCUGGUGACCUUCUGUUUUGAUCAGUUGAACUAAAAACACCAGGGGUUUAUUUCUGUGUAUGUGAUUUAUUGUAAAUAAUGUAUUCUACAUUGUACAUACUCCAUCAGCCAUCCCUCCAGUUGUAGCUCUGUAUCAAGAUGUGUGAAGAUCUGAGAGGUGUUCCUACCAAGGAAGCAGCAGAUACACUGAAGGUUAAAUAGUCUUGAUAACUGACUACAUGUUUUUCUGACAAUAUGUUAGCAUGGUUACUGUACAAUCCAUUUAUGUAUAAUAAACUAUUAUUAUCAUA